AGACUUGACAGCGUGCGCACUGCACUGAUUGUAUUUAGCGAAGUCUGGGCAAGGAUAUUUGCUUCUUUCAUGCGUAAUAUCCUAUCGCACUCAACUGUCAUCAUGAAAGCAAUAAGUCCCGUGCGGUCUAUGAGAAACAACAUCACCAACUCGUCGGAACAUACCCUCGGCAUCGCCCGGAGCAAAAGCCCGAUGGAUGAUCCUCUGAGUCUGCUGUACAAUAUGAACGACUGCUACACCAAGCUGAAAGAACUCGUGCCCAGCCUCCCGCAGAACAAGAACGUUAGUAAAAUUGAGAUAUUGCAGCAUGUUAUAGACUAUAUAUUAGACCUUCAGAUUGCACUGGACUCUAGCGCAAUCAUCUCCAGCUGCCAACAUCAGCAGCAGCGACCGGGACAGCCAGCAUCACCCAGGAACCCCCUAGCAACCAUCAACUCCGACAUCAGCCUGGUCACCUUUCAGUCAAAUGACCAGCUCCCCAAAGAGACAGAGACUGAUGACCGCUAAACUCCCCCUCUGACUGGUCUAUUACAGGUGUGUUUUAAACAGGACACCAUGUUCACCUCCACUGGCUGGCUGGAUUUCCUCUUGACUUAAGUUUUUAUUUUUUCCUAAAAGGAGAUACAUGUAUGUGUUUUAAAGUUUUUAUUUAUCUACUGGCCUUUUAUUUUUUCUUUCAACGGAAGAAUGAUCUCUCACCAACAAUGGAAACACAAGGACAGAAUAACUGACUGAAAAGAAAACUUUCGAUGACAGGAUUCUGCUUUUUCCUGGGCAGGUGGUGCAUGAAACACAGGAGAACUCUCUAAAUGUUUGCUGUUUCUUACGGACGGACUAAUGGACACUCACUGUAUAUAAAUGUUAAGACAAAAAUCAUGCCUGUAUAGUAUCAGAUUGGUUGCAGAGAAUAUAAUGAGGAAUAUUGUAAAUUGCACUUUUAUACAAUAAUAAAUUAGAUUCCUUAUACUGUACAA